CAACACUAAAGAUACCACUGCCUCCUGUUUUGUUGUUGCAGCCAGAUCUCAAACAAAAACAUUGAUGUUGUAGAACAAGAUAAAAAGGCUCAGAGGGACAAUGGCGGAGAGCUAGGAAGUGAAUGCAGUCAAGCUCUUGUGACAGCGCGGGGUUGCUGGUGAGGCCGAAUUCUUCCUGGAUCUGAGCGGUAAAUUCAGAAGACUGAAGCCCAGGCUGACCGUCUACCUUUCACGGAGGCCCUGCCGUGAGAGGACCGAGGAAGGCACCUGGCGCAUCAUGAGCGGCGACAAGGAGAAGGACAAGGAGCGCGAGAGGGAGCGGGAGCGCGACCGCGAGCGGGACCGCGAACGCGACCGCGACCGGGACAAGAGGGAGCGCGCGCGGGAGGGGGAGAGCGCCCGGCCGCGACGCAGCUGCACGCUGGAGGGCGGGGCGCGGAACUACGCCGAGAGCGACCACAGCGAGGACGAGGACCAGGAGGCGGCCGGCGCCGCCGAGGAGGCCUCCCGCAAGAGCAAGAAGAAGACGCCCAAGAAGAAGAGCCGCUACGAGCGCACCGAGAACGGGGAGAUCACCUCCUACGUCACCGAGGACGAGAGCGUGUACCGGCCCGGAGAUUGUGUAUAUAUCGAAAGCCGGCGGCCCAACACUCCCUACUUCAUCUGUAGCAUUCAGGAUUUCAAACUGAGCAAACGGGACCAUCUGCUGAUGAGUGUGAAAUGGUACUACCGGCAGUCCGAAGUGCCAGACUCUGUGUACCAGCACCUGGUGCAGGACCGCCAUAACGAGAACGAUUCGGGCCGAGAGCUGGUCAUCACUGAUCCGGUGGUCAAGAGUCGGGAGCUGUUCAUCUCAGACUAUGUGGAUACCUACCACGCUGCUGCUCUCAGAGGGAAAUGUAACAUCUCCCACUUCUCCGAUAUCUUCGUUGCCAGGGAGUUCAAAGCCCGCAUCGAUUCCUUUUUCUACAUCCUGGGAUACAACCCAGAGACCAGGCGGCUAAACAGCACACAGGGGGAGAUCAGAGUGGGACCCAGUCAUCAGGCGAAGCUCCCGGAGCUGCAGCCCCUCCCUCCCCCAGGUGGCCAGCUGGUGACGGAGAACGAGGAGCUGGUAUGGAUGCCCGGGGUCAACGACUGCGACCUGCUGAUGUACCUGAGAGCUGCCAGGAGCAUGGCGGCCUUCGCUGGGAUGUGUGACGGAGGGUCCACGGAGGACGGCUGUUUGGCUGCGUCACGAGACGACACCACGCUAAACGCUUUAAACACGCUGCACGAGAGUAACUAUGAUGCAGGGAAGGCCCUGCAGAGGCUGGUGAAGAAGCCUGUUCCUAAACUCAUCGAGAAGUGCUGGUCUGAGGAUGAAGUGAAGCGGUUCAUUAAAGGGCUGAGGCAGUACGGGAAGAACUUCUUCAGGAUCCGUAAGGAGCUGCUGCCCAACAAGGAGACGGGAGAGCUCAUCACCUUCUAUUACUACUGGAAGAAGACGCCGGAAGCCGCGGGGUCCCGCGCCCACCGCCGCCACCGCCGGCAGCCCGUCUUCCGCCGCAUCAAGACCCGCACCGCCACCACCCCCGUCAACACCCCGUCCCGCCCCCCUUCCAGUGAGUUCCUGGACCUGAGCUCGGCCAGUGAGGACGACUUCGACAGCGAGGACAGCGAACAGGAGCUGAAGGGCUACGCCUGCCGGCACUGCUUCAGCACCACUUCUAAGGACUGGCACCACGGGGGUCGGGAGAACAUCCUGUUGUGCACAGACUGCCGGAUCCACUUCAAGAAGUACGGCGAGCUGCCGCCCAUUGACAAGCCCGUGGACCCCCCGCCGUUUAUGUUCAAACCCGUCAAAGAGGAAGAGGAUGGGCUCGCCGCGAAGCACAGCAUGAGGACCCGACGCAACCGCGGCUCGAUGUCUACCCUGCGGAGCGGGAGGAAGAAGCAGACGGCCAGCCCCGAUGGCCGCGCCUCCCCCACCAACGAGGAGCUGCGCUCCAGCGGCCGCACCUCCCCCAGCGCCGCCAGCACCUCCCCGAGCGGACGCACCUCCCCCAGCGCAGCCAGCACCUCCAGCACGGACAGCAAGGCCGAGCCGCUGAAGAGACCCAGCAAGAAGAUUAAGGAGGAGGUGGUGUCGCCCAUGAAGAGCGCCAAGCGGCAGAGGGAGAAGGGAGCCUCCGACACCGAGGAGCUGGAGAGAGGAGCCGCCGCCAAGAAAACCAAGACUCAGGAGCUGAAUCGGCCGGACUCCCCGUCGGAGUGCGAGGGGGAGGGCGAGAGCUCGGACGGUCGCAGCGUGAACGACGAGGGCAGCAGCGACCCCAAAGACAUCGACCAGGACAACCGCAGCUCGUCCCCCAGCAUCCCCAGCCCGCGGGACAACGAGAGCGACUCGGACUCCUCCGCCCAGCAGCAGGGCCUGCAGGCACAGCACCCGGCCGUCAUCCAGGCCCCCGGGGGCCCCGCCGCCCAGGGCUCCGCCCCCGCCCCGCCCGCGCCCGGGGCCCCCCCCCUGGCCCCGCAGGCGUCCCCGUCCCUCGGGCCCUCCUCCGUACCCCCCCAGGGGCCCGCGCAGACCUCCCCGCUGUCCCUCAUCCAGCAGGGGGGGCCGCUGCACCCGCAGAGGCACCCCUCGCCGCCCUCGCCCCUGGCGGCUCCGCCCCCCUCUCAGCCCGGCCCCCCUCAGCUGCCCCCGUCCCUCCACGGCCCUCUCCCGCCCCUGCCCCACCCCCUGCAGGCUGGCCCCUCCCACCUGCCGCACCCCCAUUCGCUGCCUCCUCCGCAGCCCUUCCCCCUGGUGCCCCCGCCCUCCCAGGUGCUGCAGCAGCCCCACACGCCCCCGUCCCAAAUGCAGCCCCCCUCCUCCUCGGCCCAGGGCCCCCCGCAGCCCCCCCGCGAGCAGCCCCUGCCCCCCGCCCCCAUGUCCAUGCCCCACAUCAAGCCCCCGCCCACCACGCCCAUCCCACACAUGCCCAACCCCCCGUCCCACAAACACCCCCCGCACCUCUCCGCCCCGCCCUUCCCCCAGAUGCCCUCCAACCUGCCCCCGCCCCCCGCGCUCAAACCCCUCAGCUCCCUCUCCACGCACCACCCGCCCUCCGCCCACCCGCCCCCCCUGCAGCUAAUGCCCCAGGGGCAGCAGCUACAGCCCCCGCCCGCCCAGCCCCCCGUGCUCACCCAAUCACAGACCCUCCCCCCCAGCGGGAGCCACGGCCCUCCCCCUGCGCCCCCCCUGCCCCCCUCCGUAUCGUCCUCGCACCCCCACACCGUCUCCUCUCAGCCCCCCUACCCCCCUCACCCGCACCCCUUCAUCCCCGGCGGGCCGCCGGUCCUGCCUCUGUCGUCCGUCCCCUCUUCAUCCUCAUCCUCCUCCUCCUCCUGCGCCUCCAUGGCCAGCCUGCAGUCCCCGCCCUCCUCCAUCUCCAUGCCCCUGCCGGCCUCCGUGGGGGGCCCCUGCUCCGCCCCCUCCGCCGUCCCGCCCGUCCAGAUUAAGGAGGAGCCUCUGGACGAGUCCGAGGAGCCCGAGAGCCCCCCGCCGCCUCAGCGGAGCCCCUCCCCCGAGCCCACCGUCGUCAACAUCCCCAGCCACGCCAGCCAAUCAGCACGCUUCUACAAGCACCUGGACCGGGGCUACAACACGUGCGCCCGGACGGACUUCUGCUUUACCCCCCUGGCCUCGUCCAAGCUGGCCAAGAAGCGCGAGGAGGCCCUGGAGAAGGCCAAGAGGGAGGCCGAGCAGAAAGUGCGGGAGGAGAAGGAGAAAGAGAAGGAGAAGGAGAAGGAACGAGAGAGGGAGCGGGAGCGAGAGAGGGAGGCUGAGAGAGCUGCUAAAGCACCCUGCUCGUCCCACGAGGGCCGACUGGGCGAGCCCCAGAUGGCGGGCCCCGCCCACAUGCGGCCGUCGUUCGAGCCGCCGCCCACCACCAUCGCGGCGGUGCCGCCCUACAUCGGGCCGGACACGCCCGCCCUGCGCACGCUCAGCGAGUACGCCCGGCCCCACGUCAUGUCCCCCACCAACCGCAACCACCCCUUCUUCGUGUCGCUGCCCGCCGACCCCCUGCUGGCCUACCACAUGCCCGGGCUGUACGCGGCCGACCCGGGCAUGCGGGAGCUCCGGGAGCGGGAGCUCCGCGAGAGGGAGCUCCGCGAGAGGGAGCUCCGCGAGAGGAUGAAGCCCGGCUUCGAGGUCAAGCCCCCCGAGCUGGAGGGCCUGCACCCCUCCGCCAACCCCAUGGAGCACUUCGCCCGGCACGGGGCCAUCACGCUGCCGCCCAUGGCCGGCCACCACCCCUUCGCCUCCUUCCACCCGGGCCUCAACCACCUGGAGCGGGAGCGGCUGGCCCUGGCCGGGCCCCAGCUGCGGCCCGAGAUGACCUACCCCGAGCGGCUGGCCGCCGAGAGGCUCCACGCGGAGAGGAUGGCCUCCGUGGCCAACGACCCCAUCGCCCGGCUGCAGAUGUUCAACGUCACGCCGCACCACCACCAGCACUCCCACAUACACUCACACCUGCACCUGCACCAGCAGGACCCGCUGCACCAAGGUGGGGAAUGUCUUGUGUGUCCCCCAGGUUCGGGGGGCCACCCCCUGGUUGACCCGCUAGCGGCCGGCCCCCACCUGGCCCGCUUUCCGUACCCCCCCGGCGCCAUCCCCAACCCGCUGCUGGGGCAGCCGCCCCACGAGCACGAGAUGCUGAGGCACCCUGUGUUCGGGACCCCGUACCCGCGGGAGCUCCAGGGGGCGCUCCCGCCCCCCAUGUCUGCGGCGCACCAGCUGCAGGCCAUGCACGCGCAGUCGGCCGAGCUGCAGCGCCUGGCCAUGGAGCAGCAGUGGCUGCACGGACACCACCACAUGCACGGGGGCCCGCUGCCCGGCCAGGAGGACUACUACAGCCGUCUGAAGAAGGAGGGGGACAAGCAGCUGUAGCCUGCGGUGAGUCUCGCUGCAGGAGGACGGAAGGACACACACAGGAAGCUGUUACAGGACUGUCUGACAGAGGAACUGUGACUCUGGAACAAAGUAGAGAGAAAAACGGCAGGAGCAGAUGACCUGAAGAUUUUUAUUUUUUCCGGCUUUAUUUCCUGUCAUGGACGUGUUUAUUUUUUAAAGAAAUUGACUUUAUUUGAUAUAUAUAUACAUAUAUAUAUAGCCCUCAAGUAGCGACAACGUCCUCCAGACUGAUUGUGACUUCCCUGCAUGUGAAACUGACUGAGAGACCUCCAUGCCGUUUUCUGCGUAGGUGCUAGAACAUAAGACACUCCGUCACUGUGCUUAAAGGAGAAACAACACGAAAAACAACAGUUGGGCCAUUAUCCGAGAAAUCUUUUAAAGUGCUAUCUUAAAUUCCACAGUUAUUUUAAUACAUUGUAGGGAGUUUUCAUAAUUUUAAAGAGCUACAGCAUGGCAUUUUUGAGUCUGUAAAUAAUAUAUAUAAAUAUAAUUAUAAUUAUUAGGUGUGGAUUCCUAACCAUUGUGUUAGACCUCCAGCAUUACCGUUCAGAAGCAUUAUCCCUUUGUUUCAGAGGGGGGCAUGAUGGCAUUAUUUCAACAGGAAAUGCUUUCUGAGAUGGCUGCAGCCCAUCAAAAUGGCUGCCAGGAGUAAAGGUGCAGGACAUUGUAUCCACUCUCAAAAUGGCUGCCAGGAGUAAAGGUACAGGACAUUGUAUCCACUCUCAAAAUGGCUGCCAGGAGUAAAGGUGCAGGACAUUGUAUCCACUCUCAAAAUGGCUGCCAGGAGUAAAGAUGCAUGACAUUGUAUCUGCUCUCAAAAUGGCUGCCAGGAGUAAAGGUGCAGGACAUUGUAUCCGCUCUCAAAAUGGGGGACUCUCCUGUCGUCUUUCUUGGCUGGACAUAAGUAGUGCAUCCGGGCCUGGUGUGGCUAACUCGAAAACAGGAGUUUGGGUGUGUUUUCAGUCCCGCGUGAGGAGUGGAGGUCUGUUGUGUGUGGUGACUGUGGGCGAGACACUGGGCCCCUGGCCCCCCCUACAGUCCACUCAGAUUGGUGUUGCACUGAAAGACCACAGACUUGCCACAGAUUCGGUUUAUACACAGUAUUCUCUAUCAUAUCAUUGGCUUUACAAAAGGAAUGCACUUUUUCAACAUUUGGUCACUUCUCAAAUAUUGCCCUGUACCAAAGUGAUAAAAGUAUUUUUGAAAAAGGCUUUACCGGCAUAUUUAUUUGAGUAAAUAAAUGUACGUAUAUUAAGAGAGAAAAUAUACAGGAUCCAUUCAUUAUUGGUACAAACUAACUAAAAACUACUUUUUUAUGUUUUUUUUUUGUUUUUUUUUUGCCAUUUAAGAGAAUGGUAAUCCUGGCAGCAGUUUGUUUCAUCACAACGGUAUUACCUUAAAGCUGAACUUUGUGUAGCACAACACCACUGAUAAAGUCGCUGUAGAACUAGGUGCUAACGAGCAGACCGUGCCAAUGCUCCCCUCGGUGACCUGGCGGUGCGCCGCGUCGCCACGACUCCCUGUCCUUCUCUGCCGGUGGUGUGGGGGCUCCGUGGUCACUGUGAAACCAGCGGUGGGGCUGCGGUCGGGCGCUCCGACCGGGCGUCCAGCGCGUUCCCCCGGGCGACGGCAAACAGGAGGCGACCGCUCAAGGCUCUCUGCAUUCCGUGACCUGCACUGUAAUGUGGUGCACGGUCAUUCCUGGCGCUCUCUCUCUCUCUCUCUCUCUCUCUCUCCCUCUCUCUCCCUCCCUCUCUCUCUGUCUCUGUUUCUCUCUCACACUCUUGUCUCUACUUUUCUGCCUCUCUGUUGGCUACAGGGGUUUUGUACUGGCCAUCUCAGACUGUUAUAUUAGAUGUGGGGUUCACUGUCAUAAUGGUUUAUGUGUCAGACCAUGUAUGGUAGCUUUAUAGUCCAUGGACAUUUCCCCCCCCGUUUCCUUUGUUGUGUUCCUGUCAAUUUUUGUUUUGUUUUAUUCUUUUUUUUGUAUUUCCAUUACUGUUAUAUGCUAUUACAGUAUAAAUGAAACAGAAUCACUACAAUGCAGGAGGGAGGGAGGGGGUUAGGGGCAUAAAAAGCAAAACAAAGCUAAUAUCUUUUCGAUCUGUGUGACGAUAUCUUAGCUGGUUAUUAGGAAGGAGUGUGACAUUCAGACCCGUCCUUCCUGAUAUUCAUGACCAAACACCAGGAGUUGAAUACUCUAAAUUUGAACUCACCUUCAAACCUGCCUGUGUCUGGUACCGUGUAUUGGAAACAUUUCCGUUAAAACUCUCCUGCGGCCCUCCCCCCUCCCCUCUCUGUCUCAAACCUUUGAUGUUAAGUGUUGUCAAUGGUUUAGCUUCUUGUUUAAAAGCAGCAAUAGCAGAAUGUGAAUUCUGACUGCUAAAAUUUAUAUAUACUGGUAUCUUGAAGCUUAUUGUAUAUAUUAGUAGUUUGCCAUGGGAUGACACAAUGUAAACAAAACGUAGAAAUAAUUCAGAAAAAUUGUGAGUCCUGUGUUUUCUCUCCAUUUGAGUAUUUUGUAAUUUUUUUGAAAAAUUUGUGGAAUUAAAAUAAACUAAGUUACGCCACAUUACGUUUUUGAUUGUGCCGUUUAAA